AUGGUAGUGUCUACUUCUAACUUAGACGUGCUAGAGCUUGCAAUUGAAGGAAUGAUGUGUAUGAAAAACUGUGGACAUACAGUCCAAAAUGCUCUUUGCAAUGUUGACGGCGUCAUUUCCGUAGUCGUUAAUUUUGACCAGCGCAGCGUUUGUGUCGAGUGCGCCCCAGGAGCUAAAGUAGCAGUGAACGAUUUAGUCGAAGCGGUCGAGUGUGUGGGCUUUGGAGCAGUGAUUAAACGACGAGAUGAUGAAAUGAAUAUAGUACAUGACCCACUGACACUUGAGCUACUGGUGGAAGGUAUGAUGUGUCAGAAAAAUUGCGGCUCUACCGUUGAGAAUGCAUUGCAAAGUGUGGACGGUGUCGCUAGUGCUGUCGUUAGCUUUGAAGAGCGUAAGGCCACCGUGAAGAUGCUACACGCCGGUAGCACGACGCUAGAGCAACUAGUAGACAUGGUAGAGUGCGUGGGCUUCGAGGCCGGUGCGUACGACGCUGCAAAGGCUGCGGCCAUGAAGCUAGAAGCGCAAAAGAAGAACCAGCAGCAGCAGAAAGACGAGGAGGAACUGCUGCUUGACGUACCAGACGCGACCGGCCACCCGCGCGCCGUGUUCCAUGUGGAAGGCAUGAGCUGUGCUGCAUGUGUGAAAGCCAUUGAGGACUAUCUGGGUAAGACAGAGGGUGUACUGUACUGUCGUGUGGGACUCAUAAGUCAGAAGGCCGAGGUGUCCUUUGAUCGUGACUUGAUCGAGGACGAGCAGAAGGCGAUCAAGAAACUCAUUCAGGACGCCGGCUACAAGGCGACUUUCUCGCACGUGGUAGAGCCGGGCGACGACGACUCGCUCAAGCUCAAGUUUACAGUCAUGAGCAUGAGCUGCACUGCGUGUGUGGACAAGAUCGAGUCGGCGGUGAGUGAACUGCCUGGUGUAACGAAAGUGUUGGUUGACCUGCCCAUGAACAAGGCGCACGUGCAUCUAAAGCAGUUGUCCAAGACAGGUCCACGCGACGUGCUGGAGUGCAUCAACCGUCUCGGCUACUUGGCUGAGGUCGCAUCGGUGACCACAGAUGAGAGUGCAUUGAGCAAGUCGGAGGUGGAGAAGUGGCGCAAGUUGCUAACGACGGCCAUGAUCUUUUCAUUGCCGGCUAUGCUGAUCCACAUGGUGCUUAUGUAUAUUCCUGCUGUGGAGAUGGUUCUCAUGACACCCGUACUUAAUGCUGUGUCACUGAAGCUUUUGGUUUUGUUUUUGUUGGCAACUCCGGUGCAAUUUGGAGUCGGUAGGCGUUUCUACGUGGCUGCGUGGAAGGGUCUACAACAUGGCACUAUGGGCAUGGACCUUCUGGUUGUGGCGGGCACUACCAUGUCGUACACUUACAGUUUCGUGUCUAUGGUCGGUUCGGCGCUGCACGAGCACUACCGGGGUCACCACUUUUUCGAGUCCUCGACGAUGUUGCUGACAUUUGUGACGCUGGGGAAGUACAUGGAGUCGAUAGCAAAGGGCAAAACAGCUGAUGCAUUAUCGGAACUGGCCAGUUUGCAGCCGAAGAUGGCGUUGCUGAUCAGUGAGGGCAAGCGUGAUCGUGAGAUCCCGAUCGAGCUUGUGCAGCGCGGAGACCUGCUACGCAUUCUUCCUGGUGCGAAUAUCCCGACGGAUGGUGUGGUGAAGUUAGGGUCGAGCUCAAUCGAUGAGUCGAUGCUGACUGGAGAGAGUAUGCCGGUGGCUAAGAAGGAGGGUGACUACGUGUUUGGUUCGACGACGAACCAGCAGGGUGGGUUGGUAAUCGAGUCGAGCUGCAUGGGCGGCGAGAGCUCGGCGUUGUCGCAGAUCUGUGCUUUGAUUGAAGAUGCACAGCUUCACAAGGCUCCGAUCCAGGCGUACGCAGACUGGUUGGCAUCGAUUUUUGCUCCCUGUGUACUGGGUUUAUCUGCAUUGACAUUUACGAGCUGGAUGCUGCUGCUGUCGAUGGACAUCGUGCCCGCACAAUGGAAGCUUGAUCUGGGAGUGUCUGUGGGUGGUCAUGUUGAUGAUUUUUUCGUGGCAAUUCUUUUUGCUAUCUCUGUCGUGGUGAUCGCGUGUCCGUGUGCUUUAGGGCUUGCGACACCCACUGCCGUCAUGGUUGGUUGUGGUAUUGGGGCCAAGCAGGGUGUCCUCAUCAAAGGUGGGCGCGCACUUGAAACGGCUCGCUUCAUCGACACGAUUGUGUUCGACAAGACUGGUACGCUAACUGCUGGUCACCCAUCUGUGCGCGAUGUAGUGGUGGCUGACCGCAAGUACACGCCGCGUGAACUUUUAUACUACAGUGCAUCUCUUGAGUGUGUAAGUGAGCACGUUCUUGGUAAGGCUAUUGUAGUUACAGCAACAGAGCAUGAGAAGCUGGAACUGCACGAUCCGACUGAGGUGCAUGUGGUCCCUGGACGCGGUAUUGAAGGCAUUAUACCUGCGAGUGAUGCCACCGCUCGCAGGACUUCCGCGAAGGUGCUUGUUGGCAGCUCUGAAUAUUGCGAGGAGAAAGGCAUCAAAAUUAACGACAAGAUACGUGCUCACAUGCACGAGUUGGAGCUUGAGAGCAAGACCGUGGUGGUCGUGUGCGUGGAAGGCAAAUUGGCAGGCUUGCUUGCCCUAGCAGACGCUCCCAGACCUGAAGCAGCCGCCGUCAUGAAGCAUCUGAAGUCCAUGGGCUUGGAUGUGUGGUUAAUCACGGGUGACAACCUUCGCACAGCCAGUGUGGUCGCGCGCCAGCUGGGUAUCAACCACGUGAAGGCAGUUGCUCUACCUGGUGAAAAGGCGUCUCAGAUCAAGGCGCUGCAGUCGCAAGUGAACCCGCUGACACUGAAGCCACGCGUGGUUUGUAUGGUUGGUGAUGGUAUCAAUGAUGCGCCGGCGCUGGCGCAGUCGGACAUUGGUAUGGCCAUCGGUGCCGGCACACAAAUCGCCAAGGCUGAGGCCGACAUGGUACUGGUGAAAAGUGCGCUGACGGAUGUAGUGGUGGCGCUGGAUUUGGCUCGUGUGGUGUUCUCUCGUAUCAAGUUGAACUUUUUCUUUUCGGUCGUGUACAACCUUGUUGGCAUUCCGCUGGCUGCUGGUAUGUUCUUCCCACUGAUCCACCAAAUGAUGCCACCUGCGUGCGCUGGGCUCGCGAUGGCCUUUUCUUCGGUAUCUGUUGUUGUUUCGUCACUGCUGCUGAAGAAUUACAAGGCACCGCAGCUCUUCCCAACGAAGGUUGGAAAGGUGGAUUUUGAGGAAGACGUUCAGGUCGUGGACCUUAAGAACCUUGUACGACUGAAGGUUAGCAACGUGCGGUACACGCCGUUGACGAAUAUGGACGAGCAGAACACGCGUGUCUAA